AUGUCUCCAUCAAUGGACACCAGCUACCUCACCACCCAAGUCAACACAAUUAUCGGGCAACUGCACGCCAUAUUUGACGAGAUAGGAGUUCCUCGAAAUGAGCGCGAGUCAAGAGAAACAGAGCUCUUUGCAGCUUUGUCUGAGGCUCUGCACAACCAGCUUCGCCUCGUCAACUCUGAGAAGACUGCCAUGACCGAAGAAGCUCAGAAUAUCAUCAAGACUAUCAAACAGAUGGAACUGUCGCUGGACGACGAAAAGAACAGAGGGUACGACCUGGACACCAAUGGCCUUCGAGUCACCUAUCCCCUGAUCGACUGUCUCCGCGACCUCAAAGAGAAGUACAAUGUUGUCAGUAGACUACACCGCGAGCGUUUCGAACAAGUCAAGAAACUCGUGCAAGCUCUCGAGUCAUACUCGUCGCAUCUCGAGGCAUCCUUUGUCAAGAUCAGACUACCUCCAACAUCCUCGAAUAGUUGUCCUCCCAACUUCGACCUCUCGCCCUCCUACGUCACCACACUUGAUGAAGAGUUUACCAGGGUGUACGACGAAUACAACAGAAGAGUUGUAAUUGUGCAACAAACCUCAGAAGAAAUUGUCAGACUGUGGUCUGAGCUCGGCAUCCCCCAAGCACAGACCGACUCCUUGAUCGUCCAACACUAUCGCGACUCUCCUGAGCAGCUAGGUCUACACCAAGCCGACCUUGAUCGGCUGAAAAGUCGUCGCGAAAAGCUCCUUGACGAGAAGAAGAGCAGGGAGAAGCGAUUGAGCGAGAUAAAGAAGAGUAUCGAGACCUUGUGGGACCGGCUUGGAAUUGAGGAACCUGAUCGGAAAGCAUUUCUGGCUGCCAACCGAGGCUGCGGACUCAGGACCAUCAAUGAGUUUGAAGACGAACUGGCGAGAUUGAAUGAGCUCAAGAGGCAGAAUCUGCAUUUGUUCGUCGAGGACGCCCGAGUCAGACUGCAAGAACUCUGGGAUGCGCUUUACUUCUCAGAAGAAGAGAUGCUCGAUUUCACGCCAGCUUUUUCAGAUGUCUACAGUGAUGCUCUGCUCUCGGCCCAUGAAGCAGAGAUUGAGAGGCUCAUGACGUUAAAAGAACAACGUGCACCCAUUCUAGCCAUGGUCGAGAAGUACAAGUCUCUGAUAGCCGACCGGGAAGCCUUAGCAGCAUCUGCCAAUGACGCUUCGCGCCUCAUGCUGAAACCUCAAAAGGGAGAGAAGCGUGACCCGGGAAAGUUGCUCCGAGAAGAAAAGAUGAGGAAGAGGAUUGCGAAGGAGCUGCCAAAGGUCAUGGCUGAUUUGACUAAAGUCCUGGAGAAGUACGAGGACGAAUAUGGGCGGCCGUUCCUGGUCCAAGGUGAACGAAUGCUGGAUGAGAUCGAAGAAGCUGAAGUCAAAGCACCACCGCCUCGAUCCAAGACGCCAAAUGGUCUGCCUCCAAGAUCAAAGACUCCUGCACCCGCAACGGCUUCAAAAGCAGUCCCUAGCGCCGCAAAAUCUUCCGCUCCCGCAAGACCAGCCAGCGUGAUGAAGGGACCGCCACCGCGGUCAACUGCAAAAACUCCCACCACCAGCAGGCCUGGCACCAUCAGACAACAGGCGGCACCAACUUCAAUGGCCACAACCUCUGUAGUUUCGUCUCAAGCCAAGUCUCCCUCCAAGAUACCAGCUCGUGUCCCGUUGGGAAAUCUGAAAAACUCGCCAGAACGCCGGGCGAAUCCUCAACCAGGAUCCUAUAACAUGCAGGCAGAACCACAACAAAACUACGCUCAACAUGCCAGGACUAUGGGACCACCACGAGCACCUCCACCAAAGAUGAGAGAUUUGUUCGUGCCACCACCAGAACCCACACCAGCUCCAGCCAUGACUUCUCAUCCGCCGGCACCUUCGUCCAACAGACCCGCAAGCACCAUCUCCUCGGGUUCGAGUGAAAGCAGUCGCUACGUGCGGCCAAUGAGCCCUGAAGAUGUAUAUGACGACCGAGAGAGAAUGUCAUACAUGUCUGCCUCGCUCCUGAAUCGUGAUCGACAACAGCACCCUCAGUACGCACCCCUACCCUCUCAUCAAGCUGAUCCAUUCUAUCAAUCUCAUCUUCCGCAUCAACACCAACAUCAGCCUUCCCACUCUUCGUCCAAUUCCAUACAUAGCCAUAGUCAGAGCAUACGACAUAAUCCUUCAGCGCCGCCCUCGACAAUUGUCUCUCGCCAAACUUCGAACACCUCAUCGAACAUGACCACUGGCACUACAGCCAGCGGCAGUGAGAACUGGGAAACAUAUUCCGACGGCUCAGACAUGGAACCUGAACGAGACCUCCGGGAAACUCACUACUCCUCGAAAGCGCAUGCCCACAACCCCAUGGCCAAUGCACUAGGCACGAACUACAAUGCGAAUGGACAAAAGAGACCGGUUACAGCAGCUGGCGCUGGUGGAGGAGGGACGACAACCUUUUCGGGCCAGAUGGCGCCGCCGCCGGCAAAGAACCAUCACACGGGAUAUCAGACUUCUCAGUAUCGGCACGCACAGGAGAGAUUCAGGGAGAUGUCGGAUGAGAAUGCGCAUUCGGGCGUCGUGAGGGUUGAGGGUAGUGAUGCUGCCUGGAGCACGGAACUCGAGGAGUCAUAUUAG